AUGGCUUUCGGCGAGGUUGUACACUACGUGACCCAACCUACAGGCUGGCCUGAACCAGUGCGCGGUAUUGCUUCCUUGUUGUCGCCGUUCCACUGUCCCGACAGGCCAAGUAACGAGCACCUUGCCAGUGCGUCAUCCUCGACGUUCUCAGAGCCACUCGUUUCCCAUGAAGCACCUGCACCGGAAUCAUACAAUGCAAAGGAUUUCCAGGUCUUGAUUCACUCAACAGCUGCAGGGUUAAAUGCACUUGCUGAGCUUCCUCACUAUGGUGGCGAGAGAUCUACUGUUCCUCUUUGGUCUCAGCUUCUCCAUGCACUAGCAAACACGCUGUCCCCAGAUGUUUUAAUUCUUGAAGAUGCACCAUUCAUUAUGCCACGGGUUCAGAACGUGGCGAGUCAGCCGUCAAAUCUUAUUGACGGACAUGCGACUCUUCUUGCUGCACAUGCUAUCUUUUCUGCGCCUAGAACUCAUUCAGACAGAUCCAGGACCAGCUCGCGAAACGAGGAAGACAAGGAUGAAUUGAUGUAUUCCGCAGACUCUGACUUGUACGAUGGUUCAAUUGACUCACUCGACCUGCCCUUGCAAGCGCACAUGCUUCCGGGCCGAGGCAGACGCCUUUCCGCUGUGGUACCAGUCUUACUAGUUGCAGACUCCUGUAAUAUUGUUCCCCUACUUUGCAGCACUCUGUACCAGAGACGUGUAUGGGGGAUCCGUCAACCUGUGGUCGGCCUGUGCUGUUCCAGCACAGAUACGAUUGCCACGGCCAUCUUCGGGUGGCUCGACUCCGAUCAGGCAGAGGAAGGCCACAUGGCAAUGCACCUCGCUUUAGCAGCAGAUGCCUGCUUAGAUCCCUUGAUGGGGGUGUUUGACUUCACUGACACCUGUUCUGCCAUCAGCCUCGCACAAUUUAUUUUGGGUUUGCGCACUCAUUUUCAAGAUAUCGAAGACGCCAUAUCAAUAGAAGCAGUCGAUUCUUUGACCCCGUUUCACUGGAGAUCCGAUUUACCCGACUUUGAAACUCAGCUUGGGGGACAAUUCGACGAACGAGUGGCGUCCUGGACCUACCAGGUGCACGUGCAGACGAGUUCUAGUGAGGCAUCAUCCUCAUCUACUCCUCGUACCCCGUCCCCGCUCUUGGAUACCACGCUUGUAUCAUAUGAGACCAUGAGUUCUCCCUUGCUUCAUACCAUCGUCGAGGAUGAACAACUUCAUGAUACAAACAUUCGGCUGCCCCAAGAUACUCGCAAGACGAAAGUGAAAGGACGAGGAAGAGGGUCGCAACCACGGUCCUUAAACUCUUCCAAGAGGACCAGUUCAUCGCUACAACCACUACCUGAGGUUAAGAGUUCGACCUCAUCGCGUGCAUCCAGCCCAUAUCCAAACUCGCAAUUUGCCGCUUUGUCUGAUACUGGCCUUAAGGAUGGUGUGACAAUGUCCAAUUGGUUGUUUGAACGCCAUGCGUUCACUGUUGGUCGGAUCCCGGUCCUCUCAGAGGAACUAGCAAAUACGACCGGAAUUAACGCAAUGAUUGAAACCUAUGAUCAAAUGACGGCGUUUACCUGGUCGGACGACAUCAAGACCAUACUCUUGAAAGCCGAGGCAGAUAGCUCUGUAUUGGGCAUUAGAAAAGAACUAUGCAACACGAACGGCGGUCCCAACUGUCAGUCCAGUACAAUCAAUGUUCCCUCAUCGGAGGAUGUCGAGUUUAUUUCAUGCCGCAUUUCCAUACUAUUGCAUGCUGUACAAGGUGCUCGCCAGUGUGAUGAUGUCGCAAAGUUGCAUGGCGCUAAUGAAGCCGAUCGGCGUCACGAAUGGGAUGCUUUGCUUCUCAACUUCUUCCGACCUGUUCUCGACCAACGGGAUGUGUUGCUAGAGCGACAGCUGAACUUGGCUCGCAAUCUUGCUGCCGAUGAUUCUUCCUUUGCGACACGAGCACAAGACGUUGCUGAUGCCUACGAGAGCCUUUGUCACAAACAACAAAGGUCUCUCGUCCCCACCACAGGUAGCUGGGAGCAGGCUGUGGCAGCGCGACACCAAGCAAUUCAGUUUUCUGAAGAUCUUGCAUGUCGCCUUGAGAAAGGGAAUUUCGCUGAGGUGAUUGCGUAUCACUCCUCUAAGGAUCCGGGUACUGCAAAAUGUGAUGCCAUCCUUGUCAUUCCAUGUUCUGGCAUUGCUGCUGCAAUACUCCAGCGCAUAUCUAGUAUUGACGAGCAAGAAAAGUUGAUGAAAUCUUUCAUGCUAGUUCAGGAUCUACAGCUGGAGAAGUCUGAUACGAGCGUGGGGGAACCUUCAUCCCAGAUUGGAAAGAAUGUCGGACACAGCCAAAAGACCACACCCGGCAGAUCGCUUCAGGUCCCCUCCUCUUCUCGUGUAUCGGAAUCCCAUCGAAACAACGACACAGAAAAAGAAACAAUACUUCCCAAGAAUAUAUCCUGUGACGAACCUAGCAGAAGGGAUUUACUACUCCCAGUGUUGUUGGCUGAGUACAAGAAAAGGGACGAAUCCGCAAUUUCGACAGCCAUGAACCAGAUGAAGACCUACCUGGUCUCUGCAGUUACCUUCCUUUCCGAACUCGGUAUCACAGACCAGCCUGUAUUUGGACUGGUUGUUAAUGGCAUGCUUGGUGCGAUCACAAUGGCAUGGAAGGCGAACAGUCAAAUCUACGUCAUGGAGCGUAAUGUCCGACACUACGAUAUCAGAGACCCUCUUCAGGCACUGCAGUUCGUAUCCAUUCUACCGCGCCUCGCGCGUUACGGCCAGGGCCUCCGCCGUCUAUUAGAGAAGCAACUCGCGACUAUAGAUGUGAACCAACUUGGAUCUAAGCCGUGGUCAAAGUUACCCCAACGGCAGGAAGAUGAAAGAUUGGCGGCAGUUAAGCGGACAGAAUUGGAGCAAGCAGUCACACAAGAUCACUGA